AUGGGCUCUAAUAAUUUUUUGUCGUCGAAAAUUCCUAAUGAAUACAGUAGUUUGAUAAAGUUGAAGGAUCUGUCGAUGUCGGAGAUGAAUUUAUAUGGAGAAAUUCCGGACUGGAUUGGUAAUUUUUCAAAUUUGGAAUCCCUGAAGCUUGCGUGGAAUAAUUUCAGAGGGAAAAUUCCGGAGAACUUGUUUUUGUUAAAGAACUUGAGGUUUUUGAUGUUAUCUUUUAACAAAUUGUCAGGUGAAAUUCCGAAAGAAAUCAAAUGCUUGGCAAUGGAAGAAAUCUAUCUUUCGGUUAACGAGUUAACGGGUUCGAUUCCUGAAGGUAUUGGUCUAUUGAAGAAUUUGACAUACUUAUAUCUGCGUGACAAUGGAUUAUCAGGUGAACUGCCCAAAGAACUAGGUUUACAUUCCACGCUACAUUUUCUUGGUGUCUCAAAGAACAAUCUUUCAGGUAAUUUACCAGAAAAUUUAUGUUCUGGUGGUGAGUUGCAAAAAAUUACGGCUUCUUCAAACAAUUUUGCAGGAAAAUUAUCAAAAUCGCUUUUGAAUUGUUCUAGUUUGUCGUUCUUUUCACUUGGCAAUAACAUGUUAACGGGUGAGAUCCCGGCUACUUUUUGGUCAUCCAUGAAUUUAUCGGUGGUAUACAUAAACGAUAAUAAGUUUUUUGGCGAACUUCCCAAAAAGUUGAGUCCAAAUUUAGUCUUUCUGGACUUAGCAAACAACAAUUUUGGAGGCAAUAUACCAAAUAAUAUUGGUUCACUUAAUGGCUUGAUGUUACUUUCUUUAAGGUCAAACAAUUUCAAUGGGUUAAUCCCCGAAGAGAUUUGUCAUCUGCAGGAACUCCAAAUAUUAGACUUAUCGCUAAACAAUCUCUCUGGGAAUAUUCCUAACAGUAUAGGAAGCUGGACUGGGUUUACAAGGAAUUCACAUAUGCACGGCUAUGUUUAUGGAUUUCAGAUGGCUAAGAUGGAAGAUUGGUUAUAUUGUGAAGAUCUCUAUGGUCCAAUAGAGAGCAAGGGAGUAAAUCCUAAGAAGAUAGAAGACAAAGUGUGGAGUGUUGCUAAUCAUAAAGUUAUUAGUUUCAUUCUGCAAUGGGUUGAUGAUUAUAUUUUUCAUCAUGUGGCUAGUGAGAAACUAGCAUAUUCUUUGUGGACAAAGAAGCUGGAGAAAGAACCAAGGAAAGGGAAUGUAACUGACAGACAAGUCAAUUAUGUUACAGUUGUGGUAAAAAGUAGUGAUAUUACUUUAUUAUAUGAUUGUAAUUAUGUAUGUGUGAGUGCUGCAGUUUCUGAUUCAGAGUGGAUAGUAGAUUGA